AUGGGUGGGGGUGAGCUCCCUUCUCCCCCAGGCCCCUUUUCCUUUCUGGGGCGUUUUCGGGGCUUUUCGGUGUCCCCGGUCCCCGCGAUGUCUCCGCACCCUCCCGGCCCCGGUCUCGAACCCGCGGCACUACGGGUCAGGAGAAGCCCCGCCUCUUUCCUCGCCCACUCUACGUUUCUCGCAUUCUAUUGGCUACUGGUCGUGCCAGUCGCGACUGCCCCGCCCUUUUUUUUUGCACCGCCUUCUCUCAGUGCCCCGCCCCUCGCACGCACUGAUUGGUCAGGUGUGAUGUCACUGCGGCUGCUUCUCUGCGUUCAUUGGGUAGCGCUGCUGUCCGUCACGCCGCUGAGGCGGUGGAGGCGGUGGCGGCCAUUUUGGAGCAGGGCGCGGGGCCGCACGCAGCGGCGGGAGCGCAGAGCCCCCCCCCUCCCCGCCAUGGCAGCCCCGCUCGGUACCGGCGCCUUCACGGAGGAGACCGGGCAGGAGAAACAGGACUCUGAGAAGGACAAAGGCCUUUCCCCUGAGAGGGCAGAGGAGGCCAAGCUCAAGGCCAAAUAUCCCAACCUGGGCCAGAAGCCCGGGGGCUCUGAUUUCCUCAUGAAGAGGCUGCAGAAAGGGCAAAAGUACUUCGAUUCUGGCGACUACAACAUGGCCAAGGCCAAGAUGAAGAACAAGCAGCUGCCAAGUGCGGGCCCUGACAAGAACCUGGUGACAGGAGACCACAUCCCCACGCCCCAGGACCUGCCCCAGAGGAAGUCCUCGCUGGUCACCAGCAAGCUGGCAGGGUAGCUGCCCUCCCACCGGGGGCUGCCCUCUUUUUGUCUCUUUUUUUGGCUCAAGGGAUUGAACUUCACUGUACCGUAGGGAUGGGAGCAGCAGAAUCCACGGGGUUGUUUGAGAAUUUCCAGCAAACGCAGCCCAGGGCUGGCUGGGGCAGGGUUGGGCUGGCCCUUCCUCUCCGAGAGGCUUUGCCUUAAUUUCUGCUGCUGUGUGGAAGCGUGCUGGCUGCCAGAGCCACUGGAGCUCUGCCUCCUUGCUGGCUGGGAGAGCCCCAGAGGGGCAGAGAGGGAGGGAGAGGGGUGGGGAGGGAUUUCAGGGCUUGGGGUGGCAGAGACUGAGCCAGCUGGGCAGGAGAGGGAUCCCAGGUCUGCAGAGAGGGAUCCCAGAUCUGCAGAGAGGGAUCCCAGAUCUGCAGAGAGUGACCCCAGGUCUGCAGAGAGUGACCCCAGAUCUGCAGAGAGUGACCCCAGAUCUGCAGAGAGGGAUCCCAGAUCUGCAGAGAGGGAUCCCAGAUCUGCAGAGAGGGAUCCCAGAUCUGCAGAGAGAGCCCCAGGUCUGCAGAGAGUGUCCCCAGAUCUGCAGAGAGAGAUCCCAGAUCUGCAGAGAGGGAUCCCAGAUCUGCAGAGAGAGAUCCCAGGUCUGCAGAGAGGGAUCCCAGGUCUGCAGAGAGAGAUCCCAGGUCUGCAGAGAGAGAUCCCAGAUCUGCAGAGAGUGACCCCAGAUCUGCAGAGAGAGAUCCCAGAUCUGCAGAGAGGGAUCCCAGGUCUGCAGAGAGGGAUGCCAGCUAUGGAAAGUGGGAUCCCAAAUGUGGAAAGUGUGAUCCCAGCUCUGGAAAUUGUGAUCCCAGAUCUGAAAAGUGAUCCCAGGUCUGGCAGGUGUGAUCCCAGCUUCGGAAAUUGUGAUCCCAGAUCUCACAGGUGUGAUCCCAGAUCUGCAGAGAGUGAUGCCAGCCAUGGAAAGUGGGAUCCCAGCUUUGGAAAUUGUGAUCCCAGCUCUGAAAAGUGAUCCCAGCUUUGGAAAUUGUGAUCCCAGAUUUGGAAAUUGUGAUUCCAGCUUUGGAAAUUGUGAUCCCAGAUCUGAAAAGUGAUCCCAGCUUUGGAAAUUGUGAUUCCAGAUCUGGAAAUUGUGAUUCCUGGUUUGGCAGGUGUGAUUCCAGAUCUGGAAAUUGUGAUCCCAGCUCUCACAGGUGUGAUCCCAGCUCUGGAAAUUGUGAUCCCAGCUGUCACAGGUGUGAUCCCAGCUCUGAAGGCACACUCAGGUGUGAGCUUUAGACCUUCAAAGUGAAGAAAUUGGCUGAGAUGAAAAAAAUUCCAGGGCUUUGUUGGGCUGAGCUGCCUGGGAUCUGUCCCUGGCUCAGGACAGCACGUCCAGAGGGUUUGGGACAGGGCUUGGGCAGUGUUUGAAACAUCUCUGGGUGCUUUGGGGGUAGAGCCCCAGCUCGGCUGGAGGAGCUGGGCUGAGCUUGGCCAGAGGGGCAAAACCUGAGGGGCUUGGCUGAGUUUGUUUAGAGAGACACAACCAGAAGAGCUUGGCUAAAUUUGGCCAGAAGGGCUUGGCUGAAUUUGGCCAGAGGGACAAAACCAGAUGGGCUUGGCUGAGCUUGGCCAGGGGGACAAAACCAGUAGAGCUUGGCUAAAUUUGGCCAGAAGGGCUUGGCUGAAUUUGGCCAGAGGGACACAAGCAGAGAGGCUUGGCUGAAUUUGGCCAGAAGGGCUUGGCUGAAUUUGGCCAGAGGGACUUGACUAAAUUUGGCCAGAGGGACACAAGCAGAGAGGCUUGGCUGAAUUUGGCCAGAAGGGCUUGACUGAAUGUGCCCACGGUGUCUCAGCUGCCUCAGGGGUGGGGGACACUUCCUCUGUCCCUGUCCCUCCUGGCCCAGGGGGGUGAGCCCAGCUCCUGUGCCCCAGCAGAGCUGGGAGCUGAAGGCAGCAGCAGCAGCAGGAGGAGCUCAGGACACAGCAGAGCCCAGCCCUGGCUGCUCACACAGCAGCAGCAGAGCAGCCAGGAGGGGAUUUGUGCUGCUGGGCUGAUCGUGGAGGGAGGGAGGCAGGAACCACCCAGGAAGGGAUAAAAAUGUGAAGGGUGUUGAGGCAAACCUGUGCUUUGGAAGGGUUGGGCAUCCCAAGCUUGGAUUUGGUUUUUUCCCAAUUUUUUUUCCUUUCUUGUGUUUUGUCUCAAGCCUGGGGAAAAAAAAAAAAAAACAAAAUCCCCAAAUUAACACCAACAUCACAACAAAAAACCCCAAACCUCAGAACCUGCAGAGGCAGGGCUGGGGGUGGCACUGUCCCCUCCUGCUGCCCUGGGUGACACUUUUCCAUGCAGGGACAAGUUUGUGCCAGGGCAUUCAAAGUGGUUUUUUUUCCCUUUCUUGUUUUUUCUUUCUCUCAAACCUGGAGAGGAAAAACCCCAAACUUUAGAACCUGCAGAGCCAGGGCUGGGGGUGGCACUGUCCCCUCCUGCUGCCCUGGGUGACACUUCUCCAUGCAGGGACAAGUUUGGGCACAGCUGUACCAAGGCAUCCCAAAACUUUGAUUUCUUUUUUUUUCCCUUCUUGUUUUUUCUUUCUCUCAAACCUGGAAGGGGGAAAACCCCAGAACUCCCAAAUUGGGGGUUAAUAUCAAUAUCAGAACAAAAAACCCCAAACCUCAGAACCUGCAGAGCCAGGGCUGGGGGUGGCACUGUCCCCUCCUGCUGCCCUGGGUGACACUUCUCCAUGCAGGGACAAAUGUGGGCACAAAAUCCUGCCCCAGUGUCAGCCCCAGGGGCCAAAGGAAGGGAGGCAGGAGUGAAGGAUGCCCAGGAAGGGUUUUCCUCCUGUUCCUGCUCACCUGGGUGUUCCCUGUGUGUGUCACCUGUGUCACCUCCCUGCUGCUCUCCAGGAGUGUUUACCCAGGCUGUGCUGGAAUCUGGGUCUCCCUUCUGGUGUUUCCUGGGAGAAAACAGCCCUGGGGAGGGGACAAGGAGUGGGGGCAUUGGGACCUGUCCCUUGUCCCCACAGGGUCCUGCUCUGGCCUCCAGCCCCUCCUUGGGUGUCCUGCUGUCUGUCUGUCCCGGCCACGUUGUAAAUAGAUGACAAAAAUAUAUAUAAAAAACCAAAUAUAUAUAUAUAUAUAUAA